CAGUAUCCCGUUCCGCUUUUUUUGCAUUCUGAAACUACUCUUCUCUGUCUUUUCUCUAUUAUGAAUUCCCCACUCUUCCUUUCUCCCAUCUUUUUUCUCCCCAUAUCUCUUCAACUCUUCCUCUUUCUCUCUCUACAAACAAUCCCAAACCUCUUUCUACCUCACCUUUCUGGGUUUUAUCCUUUAAUCACGCCCACAACUAAGUCAAUUUUCCCUAUUCUCUUUUUCUCCUUCCAAAUUGUGGUUGUACUUAUGUUUAUCAUGCUGAUUAUUGUUUUUUUUUUUCGUUUUGAAUUUGGUUUCUGAAUGUUUGCUGUAAUUGGGGUUUUUCUACCCUUUGGAAAUUGAUGUUGUUGUAGAGGUGAGAGCCUGAGAGGAUAAUUGAUGCUGCAACUUUGUGGUGCAUGAUGGAGAGUUUGAUGCAAUGGGCGAUGUCGUUUGCACGUCAAGAUGAAGGAGCGGCAGCGUUGGACUGCUGAGGAGGACUCUCUAUUAGCUGCGUACGUUAAGCAAUUCGGUCCUAGAGAAUGGCACCUCGUCUCCCAACGAAUGAACACAACCCUUGAUAGGGAUGCAAAAUCAUGUCUAGAGAGGUGGAAGAAUUACCUCAAACCGGGUAUUAAGAAAGGCUCGCUUACUGAGGAAGAACAACGGCUUGUUAUUCGUCUGCAAGCAAAGCACGGUAAUAAAUGGAAGAAGAUCGCUGCUGAGGUUCCUGGGCGUACCGCUAAAAGGCUCGGCAAGUGGUGGGAGGUUUACAAAGAAAAACAACAACGGGCCAACAAGGAAACUACCAAGUGUUUGGACCCUAUCGAAGAGGGCAAGUACGAUCAUAUAUUGGAAACGUUUGCUGAGAAGCUAGUGAAAGAACGUGCACCUUCAGGACCCUCGUAUUUUAUGGCAGCUUCAAACGGGGGGUUUUUACAUAGUAGUGAUCACCCGCCUCCUACGGUGCCUGCCUCGCCAAAUGUGGCUUCGACUACCACCAUGCUCCCACCUUGGCUUUCAACUUCGUAUGGAGGGCGGCCGCCUUCUUCGCCUUCCGUUACCUUGAGUCUUGCAUCCACGACUGUACCUGUGCCAACCCCGACUACAGUGGGUUGGCUUCCACAAGAAAGGGGGCUCCACAACAUUGAUGAUUCCGCUCUUACUUUGGGCUGCUUGCCAUCUUGUCCCGGGGGACUUCCCGAGCAGAUGCUAAUGUCGGAACUCAUGGAUUCUUGUAGGGAACUAGAGGAAGGUCAUCGAGCUUUGACAGCUCAUAAGAAAGAAGCUGCGUGGAGACUGAAGAGGGUGGAGCUUCAACUCGAGUCUGAGAAGGGAAGUCGGAAAAGGGAGAAAACCGAAGAGAUUGAGGCAAAGAUAAAUGCUCUUAGAGAAGAGCAGAAGGCUAGUAUGGAGAGAAUCGAGGCAGAGUACCGAGAGCAACUCGCUGGGUUACGAAGAGAUGCUGAAGCUAAAGAGCAGAAACUUGCCGAGCAAUGGGCUGCAAAGCACACGAGAAUUACUAAGUUGCUUGAGCAGAUAGCGUGUAGGACCCGAAUUCCUGAGCCAAAUUGAUUCAGCACUCACAAUGUCGUUCGAGUAUUAGAUUUUAUUGUACGAUCGAACAUCUAUGUUCUUGUUAGUUGCUGAAAUGCUAUGUUCUGCAUCUUGAUUUGGUUACUUUUUGGGUCACUUUGUUGUAUUAGAAAACGUUAAUUUGUGCAAGAACAAGGGGCCGAAUGGCCUCCAGGCUCCCACUAUUAUAGCCUAGUUUCAGCAAAUCAGCUUAUUUCAGAAGAAUUUUAAUGGCUUAAGCACAAUUUUGAUGCUUAAAAUGUCAUGUAA